CCACAUGAGGUCGCAUUAGUCGGGUUUCUGCGCUUGCCGGUGUUGGGUCUGUGUAACUCUUGACUCGAGUUCACGUAGCUAAUAAUUUUAAAUAUUUUAUUUAUUAAUUAAAAGUGUAGCUUUAUAAGUCUAGAUUAAUUUAGAAGCAAGUUUAAGCUUCUUAGUGUGUUUUGAUUUGUAUGUUUAGUGAGUUUUUAAGUUAAGUGAUUUUUAAAUAAAUCAACGUCAAGUUCAUUCCAAUCAUGGCUAAGACCGAGAAGUCCUUUCCAAGAAACUUUACAGGUUGUCUAACAUGCGUCCAAGUGCUGAACAUCAUGGUACUCCUCGGGUUCAUGCUCAAUUACGCUCUCCGAGUGAACUUGACUAUCGCCAUCGUCGAGAUGAUCUUCGACACCAAAGACAACCACACCAUUGCCAACCUUACACAUUCUUUCAAUGUCACACAGCACCCAGAGCACAUAGAACAGACUCGCUACCACUGGGACACGAAACAGAAGAAUCUCCUUCUGGGCUGCUUCUUUUGGGGAUACGUGCUCACAGAAGUUCCAGGCGGUAGACUAGCGGAGGUCAUAGGAGCACGGCGAGUGUUCGGCUACAGCACUCUUCUAGCCAGUGUCCUGACUCUCCUGUCGCCUGGAGCCGCAGCUGCCGGCUUCGGAUGGAUCGUGGCUCUCAGGGUCGCCCUCGGCUUCCUCCUCGGAGCCACGUGGCCUGCAAUUCUGCCUAUGGCGUCGAAAUGGAUCCCACCAAUGGACAGAUCGAAGUUUAUGUCCAACAUGAUGGCGUCAUCUCUGGGUGCGGCCAUGACGAUGCCAAUCUGCGGUUUUCUGAUCGCACAUUUCGGAUGGGAGUCAGCGUUUUAUUUCACUGGUAUAAUCGGCGUGAUGUGGUCGGUCGCGUGGUUUGCGGUGGUGUACGACUCGCCCGGUCAGCACCCGCGCAUCUCCGACACCGAGAGGAACUAUCUCAUGAAGGCCUUGCCUCAGGACACUAACAAAGGACACUCGGCGGUCCCGUGGCGCCGCAUGCUGCUGUCGGCGCCCGUGUGGGCCAUCGUGGUGACGCACGGCGCCUCCGUGUUCGGGUACUUCACCGUCGUCAACCAGCUGCCCACCUACAUCGAGAGCAUCCUGCACUACGACAUCAAACACAAUGGUCUGCUGUCAUCCCUCCCAUAUCUCGGCAAGUAUCUCUGCGCGCUGGCAUCGUCCGUGCUGGCUGACUCCCUCCGUCGCAGUGGACGUCUCUCCACCACAGCAGCGAGGAAACUCUUCACUGGAUUCGCCGUUGGAUUACCUGGUUUAAUGAUGAUCGCUCAAGCGUUCUUCGGUCACGACAGGAUCUGGUCCAUUGCGAUCUUCACAAUGGCGCUCACCAUCAACGGCGCGGUCACCGCCGGCUACCUUGGCAAUGGGCUGGACAUAGCACCUAAAUUCAGCGGUACUAUCUUCGGUAUCGCGAACACGCUGUCUUCGUUCGGCGGCUGGCUUUCCACUUUCAUGGUCGGCGAGUUAACUAAGGAACAUAACACAUACGAACAAUGGCAAAUAGUGUUCUUCAUCCUAGCCGGUACCUAUGUGUGCGGGGCUCUAGUCUUCGUCGUAUUCGGCUCCGGUGAACUGCAGCCUUGGAAUUCCCCUCAAUCAGCCGAAAACAACACAGAGAAACACGAGGAACAGCCCCUAAACGAGGAAAAAGUAUAAAUAGUAAGAUGUAAACCAAACGACUUAUAAGACUGCAAAUUCAUACACCCAACGCCGUCUAGCGGUGGCGUUGUGAAACUUAGUAAAUUUGACGUCAGCUUGCACGAGUUGUUUUAUUGGUAAAAUAUUUAGAAUCUCAAUCACAAAAACGGUUGUACUGCGUUGAAAUUACAAGUCUGCGAAUUAUUUUGUGCUAGAAUGGCUGCGGCAAGUUUAGCUACAUUGUCAUUUAAAUAGUAUAAAUUUUGUGUCAAAUAGUUUCGUUAAAGUGUUUUAAAAACCUUGUGAUCAAUAUCCAACGGGCAUAAAAUAUAUAAAUGUGUAAUAUGUUC